GGCAAAACGUUGUGCUGUUCGAACAAGAAACUAAAGUGUCUCCUCCAUUUUGAAGCAACCAGGUGUUGAUGCAGGUAAAGGAUUAAAACUAACCGAGAUGAAGAUGAUGUCCAGCAUCCUGCUGCUCCUCAUCCUCAGCUCAUGUCUCUGUGCAGCAACAUUUGUAGUGAAUGUGACACAGAGCAGCUAUCAGGCAGAGGAGAAGCAGAACAUCACUCUGGAGUGGACCUUCACCACCAAGACUCAGGGAACCUGGAGGCAACUGUUCAUCUACUGCAGCUUAGAGACUUCUGAUAAAGAACUAGUUCUCUAUGAGGUUAAUAAUGGUGUUGAGAUUCCAGAGUCUCAGGAUGAUCAGUUUUCAGGACGAGUCCAGAGCGACAAAGACGUCCUCAGAGAAGGACGAAUCAGACUCCAUGUGUCCAGACUGAGGACUGAAGACUCUGGUCUGUAUCUGUGUGACGUGAAAACUGAAGAUGGAUUCAACCAUGCAGGAUGUCGACUUAAUGUCUUUGUUCCAGUCCAAGUUCAAGUUGUUGGUCAUGAUCCGAUACAUGCAAAGGUUGGAGACGACGUUAUUCUGCCAUGUCAUCUGAAGCCUCCAUUUGACGUGAGCAAACUUACAAUGGAAUGGAGAUUCAAGGGUCAAAUAAUCCAUGUGCAACGCAACAGAGCUAAAGAUUAUGAAAUUUUAGACCCAAAGUACCGUGACCGAACCUUCAUGUUCCCUGAUGAGUUUAAAAAAGGCAACAUUUCCCUCAAAUUGACCAAAGUAACCAAGGAGGAUGAAGGGAAUUAUAUUUGCUUUGUUCCCAAACUGCAAAGUCAAGUCAGGAAGGGAAACGUUACUCUAAUACUUGAUAAAAAUGGAUCCCAAGGCGACUCGACAGAUACUAGAGGUAAAUAUGUUUAACUAGGUAACCAGUGGUUACUGGCCCUCUGACUCAGUUUCAGACUUUCUUUGUUACCUGCAGCCAUUGAGGCUCAUUGGGUUGAAUAUUCAUCUUCAGGCUUUUCCUGUUAUAACAUGUUGAUGUGCAGCCGUUGUAAAAUAUGAGCUGAGAAAUUUUGAUUCUUGAGAAUAAAAACCCUUUAAAAACA